AUGAACGAGCUGAAAAGUAAAGUGUGGAUACCAUUUGGUACCCAAAACUUACGAUCUCUCACCUCUCAAUCUUCUAGCGAGCUGGAUGUCCUUCUUCUGGAUAGUAACUCUCUUGGCGUGGAUAGCGCACAAGUUAGUGUCCUCGAACAAGGAGACGAGGUAAGCCUCGACAGACUCCUGCAAAGCACCGAUAGCGGAAGACUGGAAUCUCAAGUCGGUCUUGAAGUCUUGAGCGAUUUCUCUGACCAAUCUUUGGAAAGGAAGCUUUCUGAUCAAGAGCUCAGUAGACUUUUGGAAUCUUCUGAUUUCUCUCAAAGCAACAGUACCUGGCUUAUAUCUGUGAGGCUUCUUGACACCACCAGUAGCUGGGGCGGAUUUUCUGGCAGCCUUAGAAGCAAGUUGCUUUCUUGGGGCCUUACCACCAGUAGACUUUCUUGCAGUUUGCUUGGUUCUAGCCAUUUUAGAAUAGUAUGUGUAGAAGGUACAAUAUGUGAGGGUAGAGGAAAAGGUGGAAAAGGUCUAGGAAAGGGCGGUGCCAAGAGACACAGAAAGAUCCUUAGAGAUAACAUCCAAGGUAUCACUAAGCCAGCUAUUAGAAGACUCGCCAGAAGAGGUGGUGUCAAGAGAAUUUCCGCUUUGAUUUACGAAGAAGUGAGAGCUGUCCUCAAAUCGUUCUUGGAGAAUGUUAUCAGAGAUGCUGUUACUUACACUGAGCACGCUAAGAGAAAGACCGUCACUUCUUUGGACGUUGUCUACGCUUUGAAGAGACAAGGAAGAACCUUGUAUGGUUUCGGUGGUUAA